UUUUAUUCCAAAUCCUAAAUAUAACCCACACAUUCCUCCACCAUUCCAAAUUCACUUCCCCUUUUCCCUUUCGAAAAUCCAAUUCAACAUUUUCCACUCAUUUCUCUAAUUUUUCUGCCUCUAUCUACGAACCAAGGAACGCCUCCUUAUCUCUCUAUCUCUCAUCCAACAAAAACAAAGGCAGAUGGGGCAUAAGAGAGACAAGGAAGAAACCGAGCUGAAGGUCGCGGAAAAUCUACCGAUAUGCAGUCCACCUCAGACGAUCGCCGCUCCUCCGCCGCAUCUCCCCGCCGCCAGGCUACCGGAGACCGCAGAUGCGGCGUCCGACCGGAGAGCUGGAUCCGCGGCGGCUCCGGAAAGGCCCGAUCUGGAGAUUCGAGUAGCGGUGAAGAGGCCUAGAGAGAAAGAGGUCACCCGCUGCUCCGGAUCGGGCUGCAGGAAGCGGAUCGGGUUGGUCGGUUUCCGGUGCAGGUGCGGCCACAUGUUCUGCUCGGAGCACAGGUACUCAGAUCGGCACGACUGCAGCUUCGACUACAAGGCAGCCGGCCGAGACGCGAUCGCGAAGGAGAAUCCGGUCAUCAGAGCGGCGAAGCUCCUCAAAGUUUGACGCGGAUUUUCGAUGAAUGAAUUCUGUGUAUCGGUGCGAGGCGUGUGAUUUGUUUGUUGUAAAUUUGGUUGGGUGUUGGGGGUAUUGUUGUCAUUUCGUUACUUUAUAUUAUCAGAUAAAUGGCUGUCGAAAUUCUUGUAACGAAUAUUAGUAAUUAAUUUAUUAAAGGUAUAUUUUUUUCA